UCUUGGAAAGUAAAGGAUACAGCAUGGACAUGAAAAAGAGAUCGCAAGUUCUAACAUUUUUGGUUGGUUCCAAUCAAUUUCUCUGCAAUUUGAGGACCAUUCAUUUACUAGAUUAUAGUUCAGACUUUCAAGUUUAUCAUUUUAUUAAGAAUUUUCUACGAGAUUUCUGCAGUUUGGAGCAUUGGAUUGAAUCUGAAGAAGCUGUGAACAGAUACUUUGCGCCUGUAGUACUAGGAGAUUUGUAUACAAGUAAUCCUAUUUAUACUUUUUCUGAUCAAAUUGAUGAUUUCAAUGCAAUCGAUGAAGUCCAAAAAGAGUUGGAAGUUAUUGCUAGCAUUAUGAUUACCAAACAUAUUUCGCUCCUUGAUCUUUGCAAAACUAGCCCCGAUAAAAUUUAUAAAACUAUAGCAAACUCAGAAUAUGUAUCCAAAGUCAACUGGAUCAAUUUAAACAAUGAGUUUCCAUAUAUGGCAGAGUUUAUCAAAGGACAAAUAAAUAGAUGUCUCAUUACAGCAUAUUGCAGAGAUGUAGCAACAGAAUUUUUGAGUUUUUUGUCCCCUAUCCGAAUGCCAGAUUUGUGCAUUGAAAAUAUUGUAAA